AAAGUGUACUCACUCUCCGCGCCUUAUCAGGAGCCAAUUCAACCUGGACGAACUUGCUAUCUCUAUACCUGGCGUUUACCAUCUCCUGAAAACGUCGCAACAUGCACCAAAGUGGAUGCAGCGUGUUUCCGCCACACAAAUCAGACUUUGGGAUUGCUCUUCUCCAAGCCAAUCUCCAAGAUUGAAGCAUCUUUUAGUAGAAUGUACAUCAUCGGUGGGUCUGAUGGAGCGGCCUAGUUUGGAGCCAUGA